GUGGCACUAUUAGGGGAACUUUCUUCUUAUAAAUAGCAAAUGACUGUUACUGAAUGUCUUCGAGUGGUGGGUUCCCUUUAAGGCCAAUUUCAAACAGCGCCGCAGACAAAAGCACUACUGCGCCGGACUAUUAUGUUUGUACAGGACUCGCUGACGGAUUCCUCUAUAGCCCACUCUUUGAAAGACAAGCACAGUACGGAGAGUCGAGCGAUAAGCAAUCAAUAUGAAAUCGAUAGUUUAAAUUGUCUUCGAUCAAGUGUAUGAAUGUAAACGUUGGGGCGUUCCUAGGCUUUUGAAGAUACAUCUUCUAGAGACUUCAGUAAUUUGAAACGAAGAGUUUAAAAAAAAAAGUAUUUUACAAACUUUGUGUUCUGUUGGAUGUAGAUCUAUAUAAAUCUAUAGUACUCUUGUGCUUACAGUACGGAGGAUUAGAAAUAUAUCAAAACGUGUAGAUGAUCAAUUGUUUUGGUUGCCAUAAAAUCUAUAAAGGCGCUUUGUGACAUACACUCAGCUUUUUGAAGGUUAUAAAUAUUUGAUCUCGUGCGUUACAAGACAGGCUUCCUCGAGAGACAAUACCAAGGCCUGAGAAGUAUGUGAACUUAACUACUUUAGCGCCUACAGUUUGAUGACGUCUUGGUUAAUUAGCGAGAAUGUGGGAGUUUGCUGAAGAUGAAAUGUGAAUUGAAGAAUAUACGACCAUCUUUCUCUUUCUCUCAUCUACAUCUAGUCAUCACAAGAUCAAAUCUGUUUAUUUCCCUUGGUGGAAGUUUUAUUUUCUGUCUUAUUGAGGGAGGUGUUUGAAUCUUUCAACGAUGUCUCAAUCUUUAACUCUGAGAAAUAUUCGAAUGAGAAUAGACACGGAGGAUCCACUUUACCCUGGGCAAAAGAAGUUAAAGUUGCAAGGUCGUGACCUUGUUAACUUACCAAAAGCAGUUUUCAAAAUUAUGGAGCUAGAGGUACUGGAUCUGAGUCCUGAAAGAGAAGCAUGCCUGGACUACAAGCUACAUAUCCUACCUGCUGAGAUUGGAAAACUUCUCAACUUGACUACACUUAUACUUGACACUAAUGAGUUGCUGGUGGUGCCAGUAGAGAUCACGUUACUGACAAACUUGGAACGCCUGACACUAAGCAAUAACCACCUGACAGAACUGCCCAAUGGAAUUAAACGCUUGAAGAAGCUGACCAGUGUUCAUCUUGCAAACAAUAAGUUUCAGAAUUUUCCCAAUGAGCUCUGUGAAGUACCAACAUUGGUGUUCCUUGAUAUAAGCGAUAAUAUGAUUAAGAUGGUCCCUAAAAAGAUCAACAAGCUAAAGAAUCUAGAAACACUGCUGCUAUUCAUUAACGAACUGAACAAAUUACCAGACACAAUCGUUCAGCUGACAGAGUUACGGUGCUUGUGGCUGGGCAACAACCAAAUCAAGGCGUUGCCUAAAGGAUUUGGUUAUCUGACCAAACUGGACUGGAAGGAAAGGUACACUUCCUCGACCUUAGAUGGUAACCCUCUAGUUGACCCGCCCCUGGAAAUAUGUCGCCAAGGUCCAGAAGCCAUAGAAAGAUAUCAAGGCGUCGGUCCUAACAUUGAUGCUGAGAAGAAAGAAUUAGAAAAUGAAUCCAGUAAAAGGGGAAUCAGGGGAAGAACUCGAGCUGCAUCGGACGCCAGUAAAAGUUUAAAAAGCUUGGAAAACGACAAAGGAAGGGGGUCUAUUGAUAGCACCAACAUUCCUGACAAACAAAGAGGAUCAUUUGAUAGCAACAUUAUUCGGAAUAAACAAAGAGGAUCCGUGGAUAGUACCAAUAUACAAAAAGACGGUCAAAGAGGCUCGAUUGAUGUCUCCAAAUUUAGCACAGUCAGAGAAAGAGGAUCACUCGACGCAACCAAAUUUCGUCCAAAUAAAGAAAGCGGUUCACCUGAUGCUACAAAUACCCGCACAGAUCGCGAAAGGGGCUCAAUAGAUGCCACAAAGCCCCGUACAGACAAAGUCAGAGGUUCUAUUGACGCCUCUAGCAUGCGUACAUAUAGAGAAAGCAAGACUUUAUCCUCGGAAACAAAGAAAUGAGAACAUCUCCAUGGCCUAACUCUAAGGCGAAAGAAUUCAGAGACCAUCUUUUUCGUUUAAUUAAUUAUUGUUAUAGGCUAUCUGAAUAAUUUCUUUAGAGCAUUUUGUUUUAUAUAGGCCUAUAUAUAUACAUAUAUAAAUAAAUAUAUAUGUGUGUGUGUGCGUGUGUAAAGUGAGAAGAGAGUUAAUGUUGACUUGUGGUCUCAUCUCUAUUAAUAUGUGUAAGUGUUGGAGAAGUGGUAGUGAUUGAAAGACUGAGUGAGAAAAAAAAAACACAAGAAAGAGAGAGAGAGUAAAAGAGACAUGAGAUUGUAUGUAUAAAAAGAGAAGUCUGCUUGCCAAAACUAUUUAAUAUUUAAAUUAUUUAAAUAUUAUGUACAACUUUGAAGAAAAACUAAACAGUAAAGU